AUGCACAUACACGCGACUACUCCAAGCAGGAAACCAGUCCUCAUACUUGACGGAGGCUUUGGAACAACCCUUGAAGACGUCUUCCAUCAAGAUAUCUCGACGCCCCUGUGGUCUGCGAGACCAAUCGAAGACAAUCCUGAGCUUAUCAUCGCCGCGCAUCUUGCAUUCCUACGGGCUGGGGCAGACGUGAUUCUCACUUCGACGUAUCAAUGCGCAUUCCAGACGUUCGAACGCUCGGGGUAUACCCGCGAGGACGGGGUGCGCAUCUUACGCAAAGCGGUGCUCCUUGCGACGGAGGCCAGGAGACAAUACAAGGAAGAGGGAGCACCGGACGACACAUCAACAGGCCUUUCUGGCACGGCACAUGUCAGAGACAUCAAGAUCGCCCUGUCGCUGGGGCCCUUCGGUGCGACACUCUCACCAGCACAGGAGUUCGACGGGUUCUACCCACCGCCGUACGGACCCAAAGGCCUCUCGCAAGAGGGAGGCAACUACAAUGCGUUCCCAGACUCAGACGACGGCAAAGCACAGGAAGAGAAAGCAGUCGCGGCGUUGACAGCUUUUCACCUGGAGCGACUGCGUGCCUUGGUAGAAGAUGUGGAGACGUGGGCGGCGAUCGACUUCGUUGCGUUCGAGACGGUGCCACUGGUGAGGGAGAUCAGGGCCAUUAGGCACGCAAUGGAGCUGCUCGUGCAAGAGAAUGGUGCGUCGGCGGCGAAGCCGUGGUGGAUCAGCACUGUCUACCCCGGCGGGCGGUUCCCACAGGAACGCAGCCCUGGUGAAGGCAGGCUGACUGUUAGAAUAGUUGUCGAGGCGAUCAUGGGUGAGGGUAGACUGGGUGCACCGCAGUCACCGGCGCCAUGGGGGCUCGGAGUGAAUUGCACCGAGCCGCAAUUCAUUGGCGGGCUGUUGAAGGAGAUGACGAACAUAAUGGAGGGACUGGGCAACACCGCAGGCAGGUCUCAGAGCCCAUGGCUUGUCGUGUAUCCGAAUAGGGGCGAUGUGUAUGAUGCUGCAAGCCAGACGUGGUCAAAAGGCGCUGAAAGCAUCAGACAGAAUUGGGCAGUACACGUCUGGGCGGACGUGCAGAGGGUAGCUGGCAGCAAGGCUUGGUCAGGAUGCCUCAUUGGAGGGUGCUGCAAAACGGGUCCACAGGAAAUUGCUGAGCUGCUGCGUGUAUCCAGAUCUGUAUUCCAGUAG